GAAAUUUUUAUUAGCACAAAAUACUAAGCCCUUCAUCCAUCACUAUUCGCCAGGCAACAGUCGGCAGACGCCAUGGCUGGGGCUACCGGAGGCACAGGCUCGUCCAGUCCGUCACCUGCUCCUCCCGCUCCCAAAAUCCUCCUAGCCAAGCCUGGCCUCGUCACGGCCGGUUCAGUUCCCGGUAAGUUCGGCCGACCUGCAGGCACUGGCGCCGAAGACGAUGGCGUUUCGCUCCGUUCUCGUCUUCCGCCGCUCGCUUCUCUCAAUCUUCUCUCCGAUUCUUGGGAGUUCCACACCGAUCGCAUACUACCUUUUCUUACGGAUAAUACUGAGUUCACGGUGGUUGGGGUGAUUGGUCCACCUGGUGUGGGCAAGUCGACGAUCAUGAACGAGCUUUAUGGGUUUGAUGGAAGCUUAUCUGGAAUGCUACCACCUUUUGCGAUACAGUCAGAGGAGACAAGGGCAAUGGCAAGGCACUGUACUGUUGGCAUUGAACCAAGGAUAUCUGCUGAACGGAUUAUACUUCUUGAUACGCAGCCUGUAUUCAGUCCUUCUGUUCUAGCUGAGAUGAUGAGACCUGAUGGUUCAUCCACAAUUUCAGUUUUAAGUGGUGAAACUCUAUCUGCUGAGUUGGCUCAUGAAUUGAUGAGCAUUCAGCUUGGUGUUCUCCUAGCAUCCAUUUGUAACAUUUUGCUGGUGGUAUCAGAGGGAGUUCAUGAUAUUAACAUGUGGCGUUUGCUGUUGACGGUUGACUUGUUGAAGCAUAGUAUUCCUGACCCAUCAUCGUUAAGCUUUUCCCAUCUACAAAGCUCUAAUUUGGGAUCUGAAAAAGAAAACAAAGAUAAAGUUCAAGAAGGUGGGGAAGAGUAUUUGGCUGCAACUGUUUUUGUACAUACAAAGCUCAGAGAUGAGGAUCUUACCCCAUUUAAUUGUGUGCAAAUGAGGAAGGCACUUGCACAGUACUUCAGCUCUUCUCUAUUUAUGAGAAGAAAUUCUGGAAUGGCCAAAGAGCAUAUCAUUCCUUCUGCAUCUCUGAAGACCCACGACAAUGACUCACAAUCAACACCUCUAAAUCUAUUUGUAAUACCAUUUAAGAAUAAAGAUGACUCUGCAAGUGUUCAGUAUGAAAGCUAUAAUUCUAUGUUGUGGAAACUAAGAGAUCAGGUUUUAUCCAUGACUUGUCCAUCCUUCGCAAGGACUGUGUCUGAGCGUGACUGGCUAAAGAACUCCGCAAAGAUAUGGGACCUAGUGAAAAAGUCUCCCAUCAUUGCCGAGUAUAGCAAAACACUUCAAAGUUCAGGGAUGUUUAGGAGGUAGCUUCACUUCUAUUGUUUUCUCUUUGCCUAUUUUAAAGGAGAUGAUGUAGUCAGAUGGAUUGUGUAGUGUACUAGACUGGUCGUAGACUAUUCAUUUGAGUGUUCAUGUACCCUAUUUCCUCUUAAUGGAUUGAGCCCGACUGUUGUGAGGCUUGAUUAACUGGUGAGUUUUUCCUGAUUGUGAAUUAGCAAAUUGAGAGCCGAAUUCUUCCUCC